CUUAUAUUCACACACACUAACACAACCACCGACCGCCGGGAAACACGAUGCGCACCCUCGCGACGGUAGCAACGGUGCUUACCGCGCUGCUGGCGGUGUCGGCACAGCAGUAUCAGCAACCCGGCGGCAAUUACGUUGACGAUUACGCCCAGUAUGACUCCCAACGACCUAGCCAACCGACUCCACGUAGUUACGCGACCGACCCGGGCCGUCAAUCGGCCGCGCCAGCGAAUCCGAAGCCAACGCCAGUGGCGAUCCUGAAGCAGAUUAAUCGCCACAACGAGGACGGCUCGUACACGUACGGUUUCGAAGGCGCGGAUGGCUCCUUCAAGAUCGAGACCAAGCUGCCAACCGGCGACGUGAAGGGCAAAUACGGCUUCGUCGAUGACACCGGCAAGGUCCGUAUAGUCGAGUACGGUGCGAAUCAGUACGGUUUUCAGCCGGCCGGUGAAGGUAUCACCGUCGCUCCGCCGACUCUGUUCGACGAGACCACCAGCAAGGAGGCUCUCCAGGCGCAGGCCUAUGAGGAGUAUCAGCAGCAGCAGCAACAGCAACAGCAGCUGCAACAGCAGCGACAGCAGUUGGCGGCUCGUCCGGCAUACCAACCGCAGUCGCACACCCAGGCUGUGUACGCUCCCGCGCAGGUAGCCCCAAGCAGACCCGCGCUACCUAAACCGCCCAUUUUCACCCCGGCCGCUGCGGCACCGCAACAGUCCCUGGUGCAGGGAUCGGCCUAUGAUGAACCAGCGCCGGCUUCGCAGCUCUACAAUCAGGGACCUGCUCAGUUCGGUCCGGCGCCGAACCAACAGGACGGCCGUCAACCGCAGACCCGUAGCGGCGGCGGUAUCCUGGACCAGCUCGCCAGGGACUACGCUCUGCCCCAGGGAGUGGCGCCGCCGUUGCACGACAUCAGCUUCGGCUACUACUAGGCCGUCUAGUCCUGCCUCUUUGCCUACCGAAGAGUAGGAGAGUCUAGGAUCAAUCGUUGGAGCCUCAACAAAAUUUUUUUACCGUUCAACUGUAAUGCUAUAUGGAAACUUCAAUGUUUUUCGUAGGAUAGAUUUACUUUACGUCGCCAUAGAGUUUAAUUUUGAUGUAUAUAGCAAUUAAGAGCUAUUAAGUACUACCGAACAUUAUACGAUUGAUCCCAGGCUCGAUUGCUCGUCUCGGUUGCGUGUUGGUCUUGUAUUCUAUUCGUGAAUGGGACGCGUCGGCGACUCAUCGUAAUCGCGGCGCGGCCCACUCUCACCGAAGUGGACAGCACUGUGAUUGAUGAUCGCCGUGAAUAGAUCGUCUAUUGCAAUCGGAAGUUGAGAACUACUAGUCUAUUGACGUCUGAAAUCGCAAGUCGAAAGAUAAGACUCUAUUUCUCUAAGUCCACGUAAUCACGGAUUUCUCCAUAUUAAUUAUACUUAAUUAAUAAUUAAAGAUUUGUACCCAUGAUAUUAAAAAAACGAUAAAUCUCGUGUAUUUCACAUUGCAUCGUUCCAUCAGCGGUAAACUAGUGAUAAGUUGACAGUAAAAUAUAAAACAAUUUUGAUAGAAAUGAAUACGUUGUUCAAGCGGAGAUUUUUAGCCUUAUCAUAUUUCCUUUUCUUGACUUUGAAAAUUAAAUGAGGUAAAAGAGUUUUUCAAGAUGUCUUAAAAGUGAGAAAUGCUGACUUUUCGAGCAGAUAGACGCCAAGGUCUGAGGUUCUCGACUUCUUACUUCGAUUAUUUGUUUUCACGAAUAUCCAUCGAGUUAUAACAUUAGAGGAUAAUAUUUAACGUCAUUUUCUUAUCAAUCAUUAAAAUUAUUGUUACAUACAUCACUACUCGUCGAAGAAUUGCCCAGAUAACAAGCGGUACCGAUUAGGACAUUAGGUGAUAGUAGAAAUUGUAAAAAGAAUGUAAAUAAAAUUUCUCGUCUCUCCCUCCGGUGGGCGUUUGCCUUUAACUCCAGAAAAAACGCUUUCGCCUCGAGAACUCGCCAUUAAAGUACCGUUGCGAUCAGUUAGAAUUGCGAGGGUCCCGCGAGAAUGUUAUGUUAAUUAGGUGUGUGUUUACUAUUGUAAUUAGAUUAUUGUAAGGUAAUUCGAGUGG